AUGGCUGACGACGAGCUACCAAAUUUUGAUAUUAUUUCGUCGCUGGGCUUGCAGGCGCCAGAAAGCGAAGCAAAAAACAGCGGUAAAAAGAAUGAGGUAGCCAAUAACAAGAGAAGAUUUGCUCAGAUGGACGAGGGAGAACUCAACGACGUUGUAAAUGAUUCUCAGGCGAAGCGAACUAAAAAGGCAACUCAGUGGGCUGUAACAGUUUUCACAGGUUGGUUACAAAAAUCUCGCUCUAUUUUCAUUUUUUAUUACAGAAAAAAAUACAAUAACAACAAGCAGCAACAAUUCAAACCGAAAUUGUGGUGUUGAGAGCAAGUGUUUAGCAUCGUUAGUGUCAAACCAAAUCGUAAACAAAUUAUUGAUUUUUUGAUUCAGAACUAAACUACUUCAAAAGAGAGAUUACGAAAUAAAAUGUCUUGCAAACGUGUUUAUGUUUCGCUUAUUUCAGAACAACAGCUUUCUUAACGCUAAGAGGUCAGUUUUUUAUUUCUGCAGAGUGGAGUAAGCAGAAAGAAAUUGGUAUUAAUUUGGCUGAAAUGACAAUUACCGAGUUGGACGAAAGUCUUCGCCAAUUUUACGCCGAGGCCCGUAACAAGGAGGGAGAAAAUUACAGCAGAGCAACGUUACUCUCUCUUAGAAAUGGCAUUGAAAGAUUUCUUAAUUCACCUCCCAACAACCGUGGUAUUUCCCUCACUAAAGACCCCCAGUUUGUUCUCUCCAACCAGAUGUUGGACGCAAAAAUAAAACAGCUCAAGAAAGAAGGCCUUCAAAACACAAGCCACAAGCCGGCUAUCGAGCUGGAAGAUCUUGAAAAGCUCAAAAACAGUGAAAUUUUUUCACUUACCCAGCCCUGGUCCCUUUUGAGAAAUGUUUGGUUCCACAUUUCACUGUUUUGGUGUCGCCGUGGCUUUGAAGGUCAGCGAAGCUUGAAAAGAAGAAGUUUUACAUUUGAUGUUGAUGCUAAAGGCGACCAUUUUGUGUCGAUGACGCAUGACGAAAGCACGAAAAACCACCCAGGCGGAGUUUCAGACGUAGAAAGCUUUGAAAAAAAUGCAAGAAUGUACAAAACCAGCAGCAAAACAGAUGGCUACACUGGUCUCGAAGUUUUUCUCUCAAAAUUGCAUCCUGAAUGCGAAGCGUUGUUCCAAUAUCCCAAACGAAAUUGGCGGCAAACUGACAAGAUAUGGUACGAAAAUCGGCCGCUAGGAGUAAACAAGCUGUCAGCAAUGAUGAAGGAGAUCAGCUCCGCGGCCAACCUUUCCCGUGUUUACACCAAUCAUUCAGUAAGAGCGACUGCCAUAACCUUGUGGGCAAAUGCUGGCCUCACAAAUCGUGAGAUCAUGGCAAUAUCUGGUCAUCGCAACGAGUCGAGCCUACAAAGCUACCACAACAUGCCGUCGGCGCAUCAACUGCGUAAAUGCAGCGACGUUCUCAGUUUAGCUCUCGGUGAAGACCAGUCACAUAAGCAGACGCCAAAUCAGCUCGUGGUAAGGCCACCACUGCAACAGCUGCAAGUUCCUUACAUCAACACUUCAAUAUCCACAAAUCAGCAGAGCACUUCGGAGUUCAAGCAGCUGUUCAAUUUAUGCACGAUCGGGAAUGUUAAUGUUUACAAUUACAAGCCAUAA